AAAAAAACAUACCUAUAUAAUCAUAAUUUGUGAAUGACAUUGAUAUUUACUAAUAUUAUUAGUCGUUAUUAACUGUAUUAAUACAAAUAAAAAAUCUACACAUUAUACUUAUUCUUGAAAUUCGUUUUUGUUUUAUGAGAAUAAUUUAAGAAAAUAAUGGCAAGUGAUCAUGAGUCAACCAAUCAUAAUUCUCUUCUUAAAGGUUGGACUAAACGAGAAAAAUUUAUUCUUUUACAAAGUUUGAAAAUGCACAGUUCACGUAAAUUAGAAGAAAUAUCAUUGAACUUCCCAAAUAAAACUGUAGAAGAUGUGAAGACAGCUAUUGACUAUUAUAAAGAGAAAGCACUAAAUCAUCCAACCCUUCCAAUUAAAAACAAAAAGCCAAAGAAGACACCCCAGUUUAAAUCGCGCAUCCCUUUAAAUUUAUGGGCCAAAGUUUUAUCAGAUUCAUUUAAUUUCAAAGACCUUGAAACAGAAACUGCAACAGCAUUGCGUAUCAUUGCUGAAUUUGAAAAAAUUCCAACAUCUGCGCUUACUGAAGAUAUUGACUUUAGAAAAGUAUAUCAUUUGCUAGCCAAUGCUUUAGAAGGAAAAUCACUGCAGCAAGACAAGAAUCUAGUACCACUAAUUGAAAAAUGUCUUUUUGAAUCUGCUAUAUUGAGUAAAUCGUUUAUAAGAAAGUGUACAUUUAGAAACAUUUUGGAGAAUAUUAAUUUACAUGGACAAAUAAAUAUGUGUCCUAGACUUGCAUGUAUAAAUGAUAUUGCACUUGUUCGUCAUUUAGCAUCACAGAAAGCUUAUAACCCUUUGAACAUUUCUGAGGCACACCUAAAACCGUCAUGUUAAUUAUAACCCAUAAAUUAGCUGUUUCAUUACUUCAAUGAUUUAUUGAUGAAUCAAAUAAAAUUCUAAUCUUUAAAUAUGUAGAUUAUUAAAUUUCCUUGAAUUUAACUCGGUUAUUUUUAGAUUUAGUAUUUAUUUAGCAGGCUUGCUUAGACAACAUGUACAACAAUGUUUCGAGUGUGAUGCCUUACA